GAGGAAUGACGUCAUCCUUUCAACAAGGGAAACAAUCCGGGAGCGAGCUCCCGAGUUCCAGAGCGAGCGACAGGCACUUGAAUAGCCCAACUUUUAAUGUAUUCAGGCCGGGCCAGGCCACUAGCAUACAUCGAAAUACUGGAGUUUAUCCGUAAUCACUCCGUUUCUAUUCAUUGGUACUUGCACAAGCUUUCAGUAACGGCGGUUAAUUCCGCCAACACGGUUUGGUAUCAAUCAAGCUCAGCAUAUUUCUCUUUGAGUCCAACUUUGUAAGGGGCUCUCCUCGACCUCUGGAAGACUGCAUGGACCAGGCCAACCAUGAAGAGCCUCAAAGCCAAGUUCAGAAAGAGUGAUGCCCAUGAGUGGAAUAAGAAUGACGAGCGCUUGCUGGCUGCAGUGGAACACGGGGAGGUGGACAAAGUGGCCGCCCUGCUGGCCAAGAAGGGGGCUAGCGCUGUCAAGCUGGACAGUGAGGGCAAGUCUGCCCUCCAUGUUGCUGUGACACGGGGCCAGAUUGAGUGUCUGUCUGUCCUCCUGGCCCAUGGAGCAGACCUGUCCAUCACAGAUGCCUCAGGUCUCAGUGCUCUACACCUAGCUGCCAAACACAACCAUCAGGAGUGUGCCAAGAAGCUGGUCCAGAGUAAAUGUGCAGUUGAUACUGUGGACGCCUCAGGAAGGACUCCCCUCCAUCACGCAGCUGCCAGUGGGAGUGCUCCAAUUGCCCUGCUGUUGUGUGAAUACAAGAGCCCUGUCAGUCUCCAAGAUGCUGAGGGUCUCAGUCCCUUGCUGCUGUCAGCCAGACAUGCUCAUGCUGACGUGUGCAGCGUCCUGCUGGACUGGGGGGCCGACAUCAACACAUGUGACCACAACGGCAGGACAGCAGUGAUGCUGGCUAGUGAGUCCAGCAGUGGUUCGGCCGUAGAGGUUCUGGUCCAGAGAGGGGCGGACCUGAGUGCUGUCGACUCACUGGGUCAUGAUGUCAUGCACUACGCCAAGCUGUCUGGGAGCAGCCAUGUCAAAUCUCUGCUCACUGCUGCCCUGCACACACACUCUGAACCAGAUAAUAAGUCACCUCUGACCCCCCAGCAUGGUCAAGCUAGGUUAAGUGAUGACGGAAGCACACCAAAAAAACGAAAAGCACCCCCACCUCCUAUUAGUCCUCUGCAGACCCCUGGCCUGGCCUCCCCCCCCUACCUGACCCCCUCCCAAACGCCAGUGUCCUCCAAGAGUAAUGCCUCUAAGAGAUUCAACUACCAGGAGGAGGAGGAGCUGAGAGGUGUGGGCAUGGCCCUGAGAGGAGAUGUGGCCAGACUUCAGGAGGAGAAGAGCAUGCUGCUGGAGACCAUUGAGGACCUCAAGCAGAUCCUGGACCAGGCUGGGGCACCUGAAGAGACCCACGCCCAGGUGGAGGUCAGUGGAUCAGCAGCCUCAGCACUGGUCCAGAACCUGCAGGCUCGGGUCACUGCUUUGUCCCUGGAGAACCAGCAGCUGGCACAGAUCAUCAAGAAGCGCUCGCCCCAGGUCGUCGAGGAGCAAGAGGCCUCACGGCCCAGCAGCAUGGCCUCCAACUCCUCCUUCCACUCCACCCACGAGGGCUUUGACCUGCCUCUCGCCACACAGGCCACGCCCCCCGGGGAAGACGGGAAGGCCGGAAGGAGAGGGGGAGCGGAGGAGGAGGAGGAGGAGGGAGAGCGAGGGGGCCAGGAGGAGGAGAUCCGGCUGCUGAGGCAGACGUUGCAGAGCGUCCAGACCAAGCUGCUGGAGAGCCGCCAGGAGAACCGCUCCCUCCAGGCCCUGCUGCAGCCCGGGGCGGAGGAGGGGGAGAGGGGGAGGGAGGAGGAGGAGGAGGAGGAGAGGGGGAGGGGCCGAGAGGAAGAGGUGCUGGGGAGCCUGGCGGAGCUGCAGGCCAAGCUGACGGAGACCCAGGAGAGAUACCACCAGAGCCGGGAGGAGCUGGAGGAGCUGAGGGCACAGCUGGGAGGAGGAGGAGGAGGAGGGGGAGGAGAUGGAGAUGUUAGGCAGGAAGAGAUCAAGAGGCAGAAGUGCCUGGAACAAGAAGUGACAAAAAUGAAGGCUCAGUUGGAACAAUCAGCUGCUGCGGGAGAGCGGGCGAAGGGGCAAAUCAGAGAGUUGGAGGCGGGGCUGAAGGAGGCGUUGGAGGCGGGGCCAGGCGAGCAGUACAGGGAGGCGCUGGAGGAGAUCCGGAUGUUACAGGAAGCGCUGAGGGGGACCGUUCCUGUGGAGGCGGCAGCCAGGGACUUUGAGCAGAUGAAGACUGAGCUGAACAAUGUGACCUCUGGCCUGCAGCUUCGUCUGCUGGAGCUCUCACACUCAUACAGUGAGACCAAGAGUGAGCUGAGCUCCACACGCAGCCAGCUGGAGGAGGUCAGAGCCAGCCAGGCCGGGGCUGAGGCUGAGAGAGUGCCCCCCCAUGACCAGGAGGACCUGCAGGAGGCGCUCAGGAGCAGGGUGGAAGAACUGCUGGCCUCCCUGGCCGAGGCAGAGAAGAAGAGCACUGCUGCCCAGCAAGAGAUCACAAUCCUUAGACAGGAAGCCGAACGACAAGCACAAAGCACUGUGUCACUGGCAGACCAUACCCAGGUGGUGGCAUCGCUAGGCAACGCCAUCAAAGAGCUGGAGGCCCAGUCGGACUCGCUGAGGCAGCAGCUGUCCCAGAGGGCCUUGCAGGUGGACGCGUUGCAGAACCGCCUCACCGUGGAGAAGGACGUCACCCCUGACGACACGGUGUCUCGGCUGGACCACCAGCAGAUGAGGCAGGGCCUGGAGGGCGAGGUGGGCCGUGUGACGCAGCUCCUCCAGGGGGCCCUGCGCAAGCAGGAUGAGAUGGCCCUGGAAGCGGCGGCCGCAUGGCAGGAGGCCCGGGAGGCGAGGGAGGAGAAGGAGGGGCAGCGGGAGCUGCUCCUGGCCAGGGAGAAGGAGGUGCAGGUCCUGAGCUCCAGGCUGGCGGAGGCCCAGGAUGGGGUGUCUCAGCUGAAGAACCUGGUUGAGAACCAUGUCAGCUCAGAGAGAGAGAAGAACAAGAGGAUUGAUGACCUGUCAAGAGAGGUGGGGAAGCUGAAGGACGCCUUAAACAGCCUAUCACAGCUGUCCUACAGCUCUAGCUCCACCCCCAAGAGACAGCAGAACCAACAGCUGGAGACGGUGCAGCAACAGGUUAAACAGCUCCAGUACCAGCUAGCUGAGUCGAAGAAGCAGCACCAUGAGAUUGUGUCAGUCUACAGAAUGCACCUCUUAUAUGCAGUCCAGGGUCAGAUGGAUGAGGACGUGCAAAAGGCUCUAAAGCAGAUCCUGAUGAUGUGCAAGAUGCCAGCGCAGACCAAGGGCAGCUGCUGAAAUCCUCAUCCUCAGUCAUCCUGCCCUCCACCCAAGGGCAGCUGCUAAGACUGGACGCCAAACAGAGCAGCCAACCAAUCAUCAACCCUACUGCCAAGCUGUCAGCCAAUCAUAGAACAGGGGACGUCCUGCAUCUUUACCAAUCAACAGUCUCACACAAUCUAAUAACAUAUCAGCAUUUUAGCGAAUGAUGUCCUUUUUCUACUGAAACUGUUUCCCACCAUUUUCUUAACCAAUCACUACUAUCCUGACACUAUCUCAACCAAUCAGUACAAAGGCACAGUCUCACCACCACCUCCUGAAGUGAGAAUACCAAUGGCACCAUGCACAGCAACCGUCGAUGAGACUCUCAGCCAAUCCCAAAACCUGGGAGAAGGUGGGGGACGUUUCCUACUGGACGGGGUGGAACAGGUGUCACAGACAGAGUGGCCAUGUUGUUGUUGUUGUUGCUAUCAAUGUACGUCAUCCAACCAGACGAACCCCCUGCUGUGUGACCAGUCACCUCGGCACACCAGGGGAGGAAGAUGAUUUGCAUGCUGUUUUUACACCAAUCUAUCCUAUAUUUUCCUAUAAGCACAAACAUUUAUAAAAAAAUAUUUUAUUCAAGCGUAUGAUCCAUGUUUUCUCCCAAGAUACUGUACUAUUUAAGAGGUGAAACAUUAAUAGGUUUCAUUGCUCUAUUUUCUGCAAUGUCGUGCCCUCUCCCCCCCCCCCCACACGCCACAGGAUUUUGUAAUUGUGAAUGUCAUUAUGUACUUUUGCUCGUGUUUGUAUUUGAGAGCUGUAUUGGUCUCUUUUCACCCAUAAUGUUUGACUGAACUGAGCUAGUCUGCCCUUCUAACCCAGGGCUGCUCCAUGUGCAUGCCUUGUGUUGGAGCUUUGAUAGACCUAGUCUGAGUGUGGGACACAGGACCUUACCCUGUCCUUCCUCGGGUCCCCCUGAUGAUGUCAGACAGCUGUGGCACCGCACUACCGCACUAGUUCUGCAGGGUUUCCUCGGAAACCCUCCAGAAAUGUCAGCGUUGAUGUUACAGAGUGUGGGGGGGGACGGCUCAUGGAGGUGAUCCGUCACCAGCUUCCCUUUCCUUUGUAGGGAGACAGAACGUAGCAUUGUUGACAGAACGUAGCAUUAGAAUGUUGAAUCCUCCGACUGACAGGCUCCACCUGAACCUCACCAAACCUGGGGGAACUAAAGCAGGCCUUGGUUGAGUGGUUGAGGUUAGACACAGAGGAGCGAAGGGGAGGGGGCGGGGGGGGGGGGGGGAGGAGAGAAGAGAGAGAGAGGAAGGGAGGAGUUGGGGGGGAAAGGGAGGGGAUGAUGAAUCUGUCUGGUUUUGCAAUGGAAACUAAAAUGGUUGUGUAUGUCUUCGUUUGCCAAUAACUUUGAUGUCCAGUUUAAUAAAUUGUGAAGCCCUUGCCUCUCAGCCUAAA